AUGAGCGUUCUAGUUGUUGAUCAUGUCCCAACGGAAGGCUCGCGCGCCUAUGCCAUCAUCGUGUGCAUCUUUGCCGCUCUCGGUGGUCUCUUUUUUGGCUACGACCAGGGCGUGACGUCGGGUGUGCUCAUCAUGGACUCGUUCAUCAACGACUACUGCGUCGGCUGGCACAACUUCACGUACGAACAGUGCACGUCUGCGUCAUCCAAGUUGCCGACCGAGUGGACGGGCUUUACAGUAUGGUACAACAUGACGUACAACCUUGGCUGUCUCGUGGGUGCCUUUGUGGGUGGCUUCGUAGCGGACAAGCUGGGGCGUCGCUGGACUAUCUUCACGGCCGGUUUGAUCUUCUGUAUCGGCACUUUGUGGGUCUGUUUGAACAAGGCACAUGAGCAUGGACUCAUGUACAUUGCUCGUGCGAUCCAAGGAAUCGGUGUGGGCAACUCGUCGUUCUCACUGCCGCUCUUUGGUGCGGAGAUGGCUCCCAAAGAGUUGCGUGGUCUACUAUCGGGCUUCAUGCAGAUGACUGUCGUAACGGGUAUCUUUUUGGCCAACAUUGUCAACCUCAUUGUCGAGCAUCGCGAUCGCGGCUGGCGGACGACCAACGGAGUGGCUAUGGCCGCUCCUCUUGUCGUCAUGCUAGGCAUCUUCUUUGUGCCAGAAAGUCCUCGUUGGACGUACCUGCACAAGGGCAAGGAGGAAGCAGGAGAAGUUCUUAUGCGUCUUCGAAAGACGGGUAACGUCCAUCACGAACUACAGGCCAUAGGUGACCAGGUUGCAGAAGAACAAGUAGCAGAUAAAGGAUAUUGGGAGCUGCUUGAACCGUCUAUCCGGAAGCGCGUGGCUAUUGCCAUGCUACUGCAAAUUCUGCAGCAGGCCACGGGUAUCAAUCCGAUCAUGAGCUACGGUGGUCUCAUCUUCCAGGACAUCACCAAAGCCGGCAUUUAUUCGGCCUUUUUCCUAUCUGGUGUCAAUCUCGUCAGCACCAUCCCAGCCAUGCGUUGGGUGGAUACCACAGGACGCCGGAGGCUGCUACUAAUUGGCGCUAUCGGUAUGGCAGCUGGUCACUUGUUCGCUGCCAUCCUCUUCACCUCUGUCUGUAAUGGCAAUGUCGAAAACGCCGGAUGUCCGACCGUCAGCGGAUGGUUAAUUUGCAUCGGCUCGGCCUUCUUCGUGUUCAACUUUGCCAUCUCAUGGGGUCCUAUAUGCUGGAUCUAUCCUGCGGAAAUCUUUCCGCUGAGCGUGCGUGCCACCGGCGUGACGCUGUCGACGGCUGCGAAUUGGGCCAUGGGUGCUGUCAUGGCAGAAGUGGUCAAGCUCUUCCCGCACCUGAACAUCGACGGCGUCUUUUACCUAUUUGCAGGUCUAUGCUGUGUCUGUGGCGUGUUUGUGUAUUUCUUCUGUCCAGAGACCAAGGGUCUCUUGCUCGAGGACGUCGAGGCCCUUUUCGACAAGGGCAGAGCAAAGUCGCCCAAUUUCGUGGAAGUCAAGUCUCCCGUGGCGAGAAUGUGA